AUGGAUAAGUAUUUAUUGUGUCGUCCUGGUUUUCUUGGUGUGGUCUAUGAUGGUAUUAGUAAAUUUAAUACAUCAACGCCCACUGGAAUAACACCUCCACCGCAUCAAUUAUCGGUUACUUGGGCAACACCGCCGUGUGGCACAAACGAGAGGGAAUUAAAAAUUAAACCAAUACAAACAUCACCAGGUGGAAAUGAAUUGAAUGAAAAUACACCAAGAAAAAGGUCACAAGAGGAGAAACCACACGAGUAUUCAUUGAGCUAUGUUGCCAACAAUCUAACCAGUCCUGUGGUAGAAGCAUUUAUAGGAAAACAGCAUUAA